UGACAAAAUGGAACCCACCAGCAGUGUGAGGAGACCUGAAAGUGGCACAUGGCAGAGUGUGGCGAUGGAGACAGCAGCAAUGGGAGGCCGUACAGGGACCCAUGACACACUCUGGACCUGGCAGCAGCAUGAGGAUGGCGGUACAGGGGCCCAUGACAGAUUACGGGCCUGGCAGCAGCAUGAGGAGAGGCCCGUAAUCUGCCAGCACCCUAUGACAAAAUGGAACCCACCAGCAGUGUGAGGAGACCUGAAAGUGGCACAUGGCAGAGUGUGGCGAUGGAGACAGCAGCAAUGGGAGGCCGUACAGGGACCCAUGACACACUCUGGACCUGGCAGAAGCAUGA